CGUAGUAGUGCGACGUUGCAAUGUCGACUGUUAAGCGGUGGUAAUCGAAGCGUGUGCUCUACUCCCGAGGACUGACAAUAAAUUUAAAAAAAUGGAUUUUGGCAUCACAGCUCUGCCUGUCAACUGCCAACAUUUGAGCACCAACAAGACUCAGAUGCGACAGCCAUCAUAUUAAACCCAACAGCAUGCUAAUACCAGUACGAUGGUGUGUGAUUUGCAUCAGGCGCUACCUGACACUGUCCAUCAUCUUGAUUGUGUGUUUCACAUCAGCUCUGAGCAUCUUACUAUAUAAAUGGACAGAGUUAGAUGUCAAAUUGGACUGCUUGACAAAACUGAACGCUGAACCACUGACCACAACAUUCGGCAGUCCUGUCUUGUCCAAAACAAUGGACAUUAAACUGCAGCAGUUUACUGCCAGGGAGCUUAUAUCACAGAAAUUUGCAAACAAGUCUGAACUCAGACUGAAGUGGUUACGUCAAAAAGUUGAGAAAAUUUCUCAGAAAGUAAGGCGUUCCCAACCUGUCAAGCUGGUAGAGCAGGAAGGAUCUAUUACACACCCCAAUUACAAUGUCCAUAUAUUUUAUUAUGCCUGGUAUGGGAAUGUCGCUGUGGAUGGACAGUGGAAGCACUGGAAUCAUGAAUAUCUUCCUAACUGGAAGAAGGAAGACAGGAAGAUCUAUCCCACAGGAAUGCACGAGCCCCCUGGAGACAUCAGUUCCAAUUUUUACCCUCUUCUAGGUUGCUACAGUUCCAGAGAUCCUACUGUUAUUGAUAACCACAUGAGACAGUUGAGAAAUACAAAAGUAGGGGUUGUGGUCGUGUCCUGGUACCCACCAGGCAUGUCUGACUCUCAAGGUAGCUCUCCAGACUUGAUCCUGCCAUUGCUGCUAGAUUCUGCACAGCGCCAUGACCUCCGAGUGGCUGCGCACAUUGAACCUUACAGGGAUCGCAAUCCUAUCAAUCUCUUAGAACAUCUCCGCUACGUUAUCAGCCAGUAUGGAGCACACCCAGCAUUCUAUCGGAUGCGGCUUAGGGGCAGGAGUCUUCCUGUGUUCUAUGUCUAUGAUUCAUACCUAACUCCUGCUGCAGCUUGGAAAGAGUUGCUGAGUGCCAAAGGGAACCUAAGUGUGAGAGGAACUCAUCUAGAUGGAAUUUUCUUGGGACUUCUUGUGGACAUGCAACAUAAAUAUGACAUCAAGAAGUCACACUUUGAUGGCUUCUACACCUACUUCGCGACUAAUGGCUUCACAUAUGGGUCAUCAUGGAAGAACUGGCGGAGCCUCAAUAAGUUUGCAAGACAAAACUCUCUCCUGUUCGUACCGUCCGUGGGUCCUGGGUACAUUGACGCACAGAUCCGUCCCUGGAAUGUGGCUAACGUUCGACACCGUCGCCAUGGCAAAUAUUAUGAGGUGGGGUGGCGCAGUGCUCAGUCAGCACAGGCCCAGCUCAUCUCCAUCACUUCAUUUAAUGAGUGGCAUGAAGGAACACAGAUUGAACCGGCUGUCCCAAGAGCCACUGAAUCAUUUACAUAUUUCGACUAUGAACCAGAAGGUCCUGAUUUUUAUCUUAACCUCACCAAGUGGUGGGUCAGUGAGUUUAGCAAGAAACAGGAGGGACAGUAAAUUUAAACAGCAACUGAUGCUGUACUCUUACGGUCUUAAUUUACAUUCCAUAAAGCAUUAAAUAUGUAUAUUUUAAGUGUCAGCUUACUGAAGAUGUGUAAACAUAGAAGUGAGAUUUGAGGUUUUCACAUCACUGACAUUACUGGCUUCUGCGAUAUGACACUGUGAAGUCUACUACACAGGUACAUUUUCAGAGCAUUUCCCGUUGCCUCUAACUUGUAGCUGGAAUUCCAUAUAUCGUACAAUUUUUUCCUUUCGGAUCACUUCUGUAAAGAUGUAGGCAACAUGUUCCUCUGAUAUGUUGAUACAUAUAUGUCAGACUACAUGGCACCCCAUCGCAGAAAACCAUAAACUUCGUUACAGGAGUGAUGGCUGACUAGUUUAUCUGUGCUACAAAAUGUUAAAACUGUUUUGUUUUUAUGCUAAACCAGUAUUGAAGUAGAGAUAUUUCAUCUAUCAUGCAGUACUGCAUGAUGCCCAGUGUUCAUGGCCCAGGUUCCAAGAAAUGCAGUGUUACCUCUGAUUAUUUAUAUUCAUAUUAUGAAUUAUUCUUUUACAAGUUCAUUUUCAGGUGCCAUUGUUUGUUUAAUUUAAGAUUAUUACAAAUAAUGUGAUGUUACAGGAACAUUGUGUGUUUCUACCAGUCAUGUUUUGUUAUCUUUUAAAUCCUAUGACUUAUUACUGGAGGAUAUGACCACUUUAUAAAUUGAAAAUUACAUAACUUUGAAUUA